AUUUUCUUGAAAUAUCCGAGAGAAAAUUGCGGGACGUUCACCCUCUUGUUCUAUGAUCAUUCGAGUUCCGCUGUUACCUCUGUUUUGAUAACACCUUCCCUAUUCUUCAGCCAUCGCCAUGACAGCUGAGUCAAAGCCCCCAUUUCCGCCGUUCACGGCCGAGACAGCUCGGAUCAAAGUCAAGGCCGCGCAGGAUGCAUGGAACACGAAAAAUGCGGAGGUGGUCCAGAUGGCCUACACUCCAGACUCCAUCUGGAGAAACCGCGAUACGUUCUUGCAAGGACGCCCAGAAAUUGUCGAGUUUCUGAAGAAAAAGUGGUCAAGAGAGAACGGAUAUCGCUUGAGGAAGGAGCUGUUUGCUUUUACCGACAACAAAAUCGCAGUUCAGUUUUGGUACGAGUGGUAUGACGAAUCUGGUCAGUGGUGGCGGACAUAUGGCCUUGAGGACUGGACCUUUGCCGACGAUGGCCUCAUGCGGAAACGGCAGAUGAGUGGGAAUGAUGUGAAGAUUGCAGAAGAAGAGCGAUGGUUCAAGGAGGGUGUCGAUGUCAACGAAGUUGCAAUUACUGAGCAACACUGGUGAUUGACUUCCAUGGCGAGAAGCUGCAAGGUACGGUCUACAAGUUUGGCAUUAGGCAAGUCCUGGUCCGGGUUUUGGUGGGAAGGCACAUAGACCAAAGCUUUCUAUGUAUGACCGAGCAGAUGCAAGAACUUAGGGCAGGUUCCUAUCUACCGUUCCCUACGACACCG